GCCCAAUUGCACUGAUCCUUCCGUAAUCAGCGCAUAACAAGGACCCUCCUCUCCCUCACGGAGAGGCAAGUUCACUUUAUCUUCUCCACAUUCCCUAAAAAAUGUCCACUGGAACGACUCGAAUCUGUCCGAAACACACUUGUCAUCUGUGUGAAAGGGACUUCAGCUCGCACUAUAAUUUACGACGCCACACCAUAUCAAUCCACAUAAUACCGCCCCGAGAACCAGAUGGUAGCUACCCAUUAGAAGGAAUAACUCUGGUGAAUGAUGACUUGGACUUAUUCCCGCAAUAUCGACUGGCUGAAGAACCACAUCCCAUCGCACGUAAUUCAGCAGAACUAUUGUCCACGCUCCCAUCAAAACAAAGAAAGACAUCUUGCAGUUCCGCGACGCGUCCUCAUCGUUGCAUACACCGAAGCGACCCCAGCUUGCUGGCGAGACGAUUCUUUACUUUUGCCAACCCUUGUAAGAUGCAAGUCUGCAAUGGAAAAGAUUUUUCUGGUUGGCCUUGUACCUGAAAAUGGUAUGCCAAGCACUGACUUGGUGAUGGCCUACACACAGCAAAGUCAAAGUUUUCUUUACGACUUUGCUGCCGACAAAGAUUGAGAUGGUAUUACCAUAUCGCCUCUCAGAUCCUCGGACCUCUAUUUGGACUGGUGUCAUGAUUC